AUGGGCAGUAUGUUGGCCCUGAACAUGUGCGAGCACACGGGCGAGAAGAUCGCGGGCUACGAGCUCGACGCCGCCAAGGGCGCGGCGGCCAAGGCCAAGGCCGAGGCCGAGGGUUUCGGCGGCGUCUUCGAGGCCUUCAGCGACGUGGCGGCCUUCGUCGGCGCGCUCAAGGCGCCCCGGCGCAUCGUGCUCCUCGUGCCCGCGGGCAAGCCCGUCGACGCGUGCCUCGCGUCGCUGCGGCCGCUGUUGGCGCCGGGCGACUGCGUCAUGGACGGCGGCAACGAGUGGUUCGAGAACACGGAGCGGCGCGCGGCGGCCUACGCCGAGGCCGGCAUCCACUACCUGGGCUGCGGCGUCUCCGGCGGCGCCGAGGGCGCGCGCCGCGGGCCGAGCCUCAUGGUCGGCGGGCCCGCGGCCGCGUGGGCGCUCAUGAAGCCGACCUUGGAGAAGAUCUGCGCGACGGGCCCCGGCGGCGCGCCCUGCCUCGGCUACUUCGGCGCCGGCGGCGCGGGCAACUACGUGAAGAUGGUCCACAACGGCAUCGAGUACGGCGACAUGCAGCUCAUCGGCGAGGCGUUCGCGCUGCUGACGUCGACGUCCGUGUGCGCGGGCGACGCGGCGCGGACGUCCGGCGCCUGCGCGGCCAUCUUCGACGCCUGGAACGGCGGGCCCCUCAAGUCGUUCCUCGUCGAGAUCACGGGCGGCAUCCUCAAGAAGCUCGACGGCGACGGCGCGCCGCUCGUCGACAGGGUGCUCGACUCGUGCGGAUCGAAAGGGACGGGCAAGUGGACCGUCAAGGAGGCCGCGGAGCAGGGCGUGCCCGCGGGCACCAUCGCCGCGGCCCUCGAGGCGCGCUACCUGAGCUCGCUCAAGGCCACGCGCGGCGCGCUCGCGGCCGCGGCCAAACCGGCGGCGCCGGCGCCCGCGCGCGCGCUCGCGGCGGCGACGCUCGAGAACGCGCUCCUCUGCGCCAAGAUCUGCUCCUACGCCCAGGGCUUGGCGCUCCUCGCCGCGGCGUCGGAGAGCCACGGCUGGGCCGUGAACGUGCCCGACGUCCUCGCGUGCUGGCAGGGCGGCUGCAUCAUCCGGGCCGCGCUCCUCGUCGACUUCAGGGCCGCCUUCGAGGCGUCGCCGGGCCUGGAGAACCUGCUCCUCGCGCCGCCCAUCGCCGCCAUGCUCGAGGCCCGCGUCGCGGACUGGCGCGCGGUCGUCGGCCUCGCGGUGGCGACCGGCGUCCCGGUGCCCGCGCUCUCCGCGUCCCUCGCCUACUACGACAGCCUCCGGUCCGCCGUGCUCCCGUCCGCGUCCAUGAUCCAGGCCCAGCGCGACUGCUUCGGCGGCCACACGUACAAGCGCCGCGACCGGGAGGGCACCUGCACGACGGACUGGCUCCACUGA